AUGGCUCCCUCUUCUCUCGCGAUCCUCUUCUUCGCGCUACUCGCAUUGGCGCCAUCGGGCACCAGCGAUCCAAUAGCAGCGCCGCCGCGUGAGAACGACGAUCAAGCCAUUAGCGGGCGAAUGGAGCGGCCGUGGAGCAUCCUCCAGUUCUACAUGCACGAUCAAACCUCGGGCUCCAAUCCCACCACCGCCUUCGUCACCACGCCGCAGAUCAACAACGACACUUACUUCGGCGUCGUCGCGGUGUUCGACGAUCUGCUCACGCGAUCGCCCUCGAUCCAAUCCGCCAGGGUCGGGAGAAUGCGCGGGAUGUUCACCUUCGAUUCCCUCUCCGCGCUGAGCUUGCUCCAGAGCGCCACGGUGGAGAUCUUUGGCCGCGCCGGGAGCAUCAGCCUCCAUGGCCAGAAUCCCUUCCUGGAUCCCCAGCGCGAGCUCGCCGUGAUUGGGGGGAGUGGCGAGUUUCGUUGCGCGCGAGGAUACGCGACGGUGUCCACCGCGGGCAACGAGCCUGGCGGACUUGUGCUCUUCUGGAACAUCUUCUACAGGCUAGACUGCUAG